GUGCUUUUGUACAAGAUGAACACUCACUUGCGUAAUGGUGGCGGCGCAAUGGAGGCACGGCCGAGGGGACUGAUUAUUGGACUAUAAAAGCAGGCGGGUUUUGCAGUACCAGCUGCAGUCAUAGCUUGAACCCAGCUGCACCUACGCGCAGAUAUCAACGCAAACACCAUGAGCCAAAAAAGCAUGCGAGCAUUCGAAGAACCCGCUCCAGCAAGAGCACAUGGAGUCCCGCAAGAUCAUGAUCCGCCACGACUUUCCACUCAGGGAAUUGAACGAGACCCCAAAGUGGCCGCUUUGGCUGAGCUGGGACGUGGCCCACCCGCUGCGGAAGCAGCAAAGCACCAUGCUCAUGAACACGACCAAGUUCGUGACCACAAGUUACAACCCAACUCGAGCCACGAUAACAAGGAAGCUCGUUUCCACCAGAAUCGUCACCGUGUUCGUUAGACAUUUGUAGUGGAUUGCUGUAUUGAUCACACCACAUUUAUAGUGAUUGUCAAUAAAGAAUAUGGAAAAGACCAGAUGUUAUUGC